AAAACAUUUACAUCUAAAUUGGUUAGUUAUCCUAAAGAAAUUGCUAAAACUUUAAAAGAAAAAGCCUUGUCAGUUUUAAAUAAAAUAAAAACAAUGGGUUUAAAUAUGAAACAAAAUAUUUUUGAUUGGAAAGACUAGCUUGUUAAAUUAUCUAAAGAUUUAUGGGAUGAGAUAAAGGGUAUUUUUGAAGAAAUAAAAAAUUUCGCUACUAAACCUAAAUUUCCUCCUAAUGACCCUAGUUAUUAUAAAGAACCAAUAUUUACUUAAGUGUUAUAAGUAGUUAAUUCAUUAAAAGUGUAGAAUUUGAAUUUACAUAAGUACUUACUAUUUUUGACAGACUAAAACUUAUACCCAGUAAAUUUAUGGGUUUUAUUGAAUAAAUUAAAGAAAUGGGAUUAUCUACUUUUAAAUAUUGGGAUAGAGUUAAGCUAGCAUUUAAUAAUGUGAAAAUGGAAGGAUAAACUUUGUGGAGUAAUAUAAAAAGUAGAGCUGACGAAGCUAAAGAAUUUUUUGAAAAUCAAUUCAAAAAGAAAAUUGCUCUUUCAUCUGAAUAAAAAGGAAGACUAUUAUUUUAAGAAACUUAAAGGCAACUUGAUGGAAGUAUUGAUAUUAAUAAAUUGGAUUUUGGAACCGUUUUCGGAUAAGUUUAAGAUGUAGCAUCUAACUUUUAAACUGAAGGGCUUGCUGAAGUAAUUAACAAUGUAAGUAAUUUUAAAAAUCAAGUUGAAUAAUAAACCGAAAAUUCAGGAGGAUUAAUCUAAAAAUUAAUAAAAGAAAUUAUUAGCAAAUUGGAAUUCUCAAAGUCAUUCCCUUCAUAAACUCGUAAAAUUCCAGUAGAUUAUGCGUUUACAUAUAAUGGAAAAAUUGCAAAAUUCAAAUUGGUUUUAAAUGCUUAAUGGGAAGUCUCAUUUAACACCGGAGUAUCAUUUAAAAAUGGCUUAUUAGACUUCAAAGCUGGAGUAAAUACUAAAGUAAGUGUAAGUGGUAAUAUUUCUUUUGGUAUUUCAAUAGGAGAAGUAGGUGGAACAGCAGAAGGAACAUUUUUAAAUACAUAAGUAUAGGUUGGCUUAGGGCUCAAAGUUUUGGAAAAAUUCGCUGGUUAAGUUUAUGUUGAUGGUAGUUUUAGUCCUUAUGCAUUUAAAAUAGGAGCAUAUUUAAAUCUUAGUCUUUAAAAAGAAAACAAAAUUUGUGGGAAAAAUAAUAAACGUUAUUUAGGAACUAGUGCUAAAAAAACUAAAGCUCUAGAAACUGCAGGUUCAGCUGCUUCUUCCGCAAAUAAAAAUUAAAAAGGUGCUAAUGCCGCUAAUAAAGUUUAAAAAGUUGUUAAUUCCGCUAAUAAAGCUUAAAACAUUGUUAAUUCCGCUACUAAUUCUGCAAAAGAAAAAGCUAUAUAAGAGGCUAAAAAACUUGGUUCGGGAUCUAUUACUAAUGUUAAAAGCGCAGUUUAAGAUAUUGUAGGUGGUGAUGCCACAACUUUGGUGAAAAAUUAAGUUGAUACUGCGAAAAAUGUUUGUUAAGUUACUGUAGAUGCCAUACCUAAGAUUGAUUAUAUUUUUGGGCCUUAUGAAUUUAUAGGCGAAACAUAUAAAAAAAGAUUACUUGAUAAGUCUUGGAAUGGUUAUAACUAAUCUAAAGAUAAAUAAUGAUGAUAUUUAAUUCAAAUUAAAUUUU